CUCAACUUCUCGUGAACGUUGUUGCCAAUACCUGAACCAUCGAACCCCCUCUCCGUCACUGCGUGCUUCUUUGUAGCCUGAGCCCGACAAUACCGUAUCGGCCUAACAUCUACAUACACAACACAACACCGAGGGACUCGACUACUCUCGUCUGUUCUGUCAACAGCCUUUCGACGAGCCCAAAGCGCAGCUACUUGGCGACUCGGACCACCCGUCGUCGUCUUCGAUCGAGACUCGUCCAAGAGGCCAAACCAUCAUUUAGCCUAGCCCUUCCAAAGCGCGAUACAGACCGCAAUCGGCCCUUGGCAGCGAAUGGUCUCACUACGGCGUACCACACCACUACGAUUACUGUUGCCGCUCUUCGACGACCCAGGACCGAUCACCACGACCGCCGCCGCCGCGAGCACCACGGCUUCCACUUGUUCCUCCAUCCCAUAACGUUCGACUAGGUUGCUGUAGAGGAUAAGGUAGAUAUCCCUACCUAGAGGCACACACUCUGCCAGGGUAUCCGAUCCAUCAUAUCUGUUACAAAUCCGUUCUGUAUCCCACCUCGGCCUCCGACCCGCCUGCCUCAUGGCGUAAUCCAUGGCAGACCGAAGCCUUGCAAACCCGCGCUCCAGAUCGGCUAUCGACCACGAUCACGCAGUGCGCCUGCCCUCUUCGCCAUUGCCCGCACCACGCUCGCCCAACUCGACCAUUUCCGACCCGUCCACGCCUUCCCCAAAUCCCAAACGCAUCCGGACCCUCGGCCCUCAUACUACCCCGUCCUCUGCUCUCGCCGCCUUUAGUGUGAGCUCUCCUGCAAGACUUACGAGGUCCGCCGCCCGUCAAGCUGCGAGCCAGGCAGCCAACUUGAACAACUCGACUUCGACUGCUGCUGCUGCUCCUCAACCCGCCACUGGUGGAACGACUUCCCUCGCCGCGGAAGCUUCCUCUGCUCCACCUGCCGCCGCUCAGACCCUGGCUCGGUCCUCAAGUGCUAAGAAGCGCAAGACCACCGCCGCUGCAGAAGCUAACAGCCUUCCCGAGGCCGCUGCGGAGUUUCCAUCCUCGGCCAGACGUUCGAAGCGACAGCGAGUGACGCAACCUGCUUCUCAAUCUUCAUCUUCCAUUACCCAUCCCGCCCAGCCUGCCGCCGCCGCCUCAAGUUCCGCCGCAUCCUCCACGACCAAGAAGACAGCCACCACACGCCGCAAGAAAGGCAAGGCGCUAGCUACCUCUACAAUGUCGAGCCCAGAGAACUCGGCCGUUCCUCCUAACCCCCCGACAAACCCUUCUUCGGCAUCAACAAGCCGUAGGUCGAGCCGUCACAAAAAGGAUGCACAAGCAUCAGCAUCAGCCUCGAGCCGAAAAUCAAAACGAAAUGCCAAAUCUUCAUCUGCAGACCAAGAUGUGGUCAUGACCGGGACCGACGAGCACGAAAAGGACCCCACGCCACCUCCUCCGCCACCUCCCCCUCCGAAGGAGAGUCCUCCCACCGAUAGUGACGAGCACGACGAGGAUGAUGAAGACGACGAUGACCACCAUCGUUACGACGACGAUGAUGACGAUGAAGAUGACGAUCCCUUCACUGGUUUUGGUGGUCAUGGGCGUCAUCCCCACAGCCUUCAGGAUACACUGAGGCAUCUGAGUGGAAUUAUGUCGGGAGUCUCGGCUCAGGUGCGGAAAAUAAUGGCAGAUCUGAAGCGGAAGGACGACCCGUCAAUGCAACUUAUGGCCCUGCAUGAACUAUCCACCCUUCUGCUCAUGACAAACGAAGAUCAACUGAGCGGGCAUCUCCAACCCGACCAGGUUGUGCCUGAACUGGUAGCGCUGAUGAGACCUAACGAGAUUACUGGAGAGGAGAACCCUGAAAUCCAACUUGUCGCCUGUCGUUGCCUCGCGAACCUGAUGGAGGCCCUGCCGGGAAGCACAUCGGCCUUGGUCUAUGGGGGCGCAGUCCAUAUUCUGUGCGAGAAACUGCUACAGAUCUCCUUCAUCGACCUAGCCGAGCAAGCACUUAGCACUUUGGAAAAAAUCUCUGUGGAAUAUCCCACAAGCGUCAUGCGCGAAGGCGGCUUGACUGCCUGCCUGACUUAUUUGGACUUUUUCGCAACCAGCACGCAACGCUCCGCUGUUACCACGGCUGCGAACUGCUGUCGCAACAUCCCGGAAGAUUCCUUUCCGGAAAUUUUAGGUGUCAUGCCCAUCCUGUUGAACGUGCUUGGGAGUAGCGAUCAGCGCAUCGUUGAGCAGGCCUCGUUAUGUGUCUCGCGCAUUGCCGAGAGUUUCAAGUACCACCCGACAAAGUUGGAAGAGCUUAUGAAUGUGGAUUUGCUCAAGGCCAUUCUCCGUUUGCUACUUCCAGGCUCCACCAACCUGAUCAGCCCGCACAUUCACACUCAGUUCCUACGGGUUCUUGCGCUCACGGCAAUGGCGAGUCCCCGUCUGUCGGCUGAACUCUUCAAGCUCAAUGUAGUGGAGACGCUUUAUCAGAUCCUUACGGGCGUGUCCCCGCCGAGUGGGAACGACGACCUUGCUUCCAAGCUUGAUAGUGUGCUCAUAAUGCAGGCUCUGAUUCAUAGACCUCGGGACCAGAUCAUUGAGACACUCAACGUCAUUUGCGAACUGCUGCCUAGCGUGCCAUUGCGCGACCCUUCGUCGAUCAAUUAUACCGUGGAAUUGGGCACGUUUGCAGGUCCUGUGGGUGGAUCUGGGGAGAGCACUAGGAGAAGGACUGCAAACGAAAAACGUAUCGAACACAUGGAGGGCUGCAAGGAGGAGGUUCGGAGAUUCGCCCUGAUUCUAUUCCCAACCCUCACGGAUGCCUUUUCAAGCACCGUCAAUCUCACUGUCCGUCAAAAGGUCUUGGCCGCUCAGCUCAAAAUGCUCUCCAACUUGGACCAGGACAUCCUGUCUGAGGCACUCAGAUCAGUCCCUUAUGCUUCUUUUCUGGCCUCCAUUUUGUCCCAGCAAGACCAUCCUCUGUUGGUUGGGCUGGCAUUACAGGCCACUGAGUUGCUCAUGAGUCGCUUGGAUACAGUCUAUCGCUAUCAGCUUUACCGUGAAGGCGUGAUUGCCGAAAUCACCAAGCUGGCAGCUGAUGCGCCUGAGCCAAAGAGAAAACACUCUCUUACCGAGCAAGAGGUCAAGGAGGAAACGAACCAAGCUGGGGAAUCUCUCACCGGUGUCUCUGGCCGUCCCUCUGCACCUGACCAAGGUGUCGCCGACAAAGAACACCCAAAAACCUUGGAAGAGGACAAAGCAGAUGACGAGGAUGUUGAACACUCCGAACAUGAAUCCGGGGCUGAAGAGGGCGGUGAAGAACUCGAUGAAGAUGAGCCGGAAGACACAGAGAAUGACGAGAACGACGAGAACGAUGAUGGAAAUGAAAACGAGGUCAAGGACGACGAUCAAUCACCCGUCAGCUCCGAAGGAGAGACCAUGUCACUGGACGGACCCCCGCGAUACCUUUCAGAUUUCCCCACAAACACGUACAAGUCGAGCAUCCGGCAGGCUGCAAAGAAGUUCUUGGAGAUGUAUGAGACCGAGAAGCAGGGCAAAGCCAUGAAGAAAAAGGCCAGCAAGAUUCUAGCCAGCCUAUCAGAUCUUGCAACCGAGAUCGAAGAGUUUUAUCUCUGCCGUAAACCGGGUGGUCCGGUCAUGGAGCACGGAACAUUACUUUUUCAAAAGCUGGUCUCUUAUUUCGAUACUGACGUCCUCGAGAGCGUAACCAGUGCGGAACUUCUUGGCUCUGGAGUUGUUCGGGUCUUGGAACAGGUUUUCAGCAACCCCGACGAGGAGAUGGCAGCUGCAGCACAAAAUGCGUUCUUGCAGGUGUUCAUGGGAUACAGUGUCAAGUCGAAGCCCAAGACAGCCACCGCAGACUCACCCGCAACACCUUUCAGUGUCUUGAUCCACAAGUUGCAAGAUUUACUGAGCAGGUCUGAGCAUUUUGAGGUGAUCACAGCUCACCACAACUCAUUCGACGGGAGCCGUAGCACGGCAGCGUCAAUGUUGGCUAAGCAGAUACGCCUCAAGCUUGUGGCCGAUGAAGAUUCAGAUAUCCCCCGGUCCUACCGUAACAUCAUGGUGUCAAUUCACGCUAUCACGACCUUCAAGUCACUGGACGAUUAUUUGCGCCCCAGAAUUAGCUUGUCGGAUCGUCCUCACGGAGCCUCUAGGCGAGAUGCUGUGACUAGAGCUCUGGCCGCCAUGGGUGCCUCGGGCUUCAUGGGGGCGGCAGCAGCGGCAGCCCGUCUCGCGGAGAGAGGAUUGCCACCCUCCAGCCGAUCGACCCCUGCACCACCGCCGGCGGCUGCCCCUGCUCAAGCAUCUGGUUCGCGGUCUUCACGCAAGCCCAAAUCCAAGUCCCAACCCACUACCGAAACUCCGACGACGCCAGACGCCGCUACAUCCAAGGAAAAGGGUGGCUUGCGACGCUCCGCUCGUAAGCAAGCUGCAUCUGAUAGCUCUCUCCCACGUCAACCUCCGGAGGAGGACGACCUUGAAAAUGCGCUUGAAUGUGCCGACGAAAGGCAAUUGUCGGAUGAUGAAGACGAGGCAGCCGAUAGUAGCGAUCUCAACGUACUGCGUGAUUUAGAUGAAGGCAUGGACGAUGCUCCCACCCCCGACCCGACAGCUGUGAACAUGGAAGUGGCCGCCGGCGGCAGGAUUACCGCGCGCAAAGAGGACGGGACCAGAGUUGCCACUCCGGGCCAAGGCAAGCCUGCACCGCCCCCACAGAACCGAACAAGCGCCCUGACGGCGGGGUUGCAAAACACUCCCACGCCUCAGGCCGCGUCGAGGCCUAUGUCAUAUUCUGGAGCUCUUCAAGCUGUUCCUCAGGAUUGGCACAUAGAGUUCAGCGUCGACGGCAAGGUCAUUCCUAAUGAGACUACCAUCUACCGAGCCGUUCAUAGCUCUAGCCUCACCGCCGACGAGCACGUUACCAGAAGCAUAUGGUCCGCCGUCCAUCCCAUCAAAUUUAGACGUGUACCUGGCCCGCCUCCCCCUGAACCCGUUGGCUUUAGCCCAUCCUCUGACGUCGGGGUAGAGGCGGAUGAGAACGGCACUCCCGGGUCCUUGGCAAAGCAUCCCAUCACUCUGUCGAUUCUUCGUUUGCUAAAGCGACUCCAUGAUCUGAACGCCAAUAUCGACGAAGUCCUAGUCGAGAAUAGAGAAACGCUGAAGUUGAACGUUGAGCCUUUGUCUCAGUUUGUCAACACUAAACUGACCGCAAAGCUGAACCGUCAGCUGGAGGAGCCUCUGAUUGUAGCGAGCAACUGCUUGCCCAGCUGGAGCGAGGAUCUAGCAAGGCUCUACCCCUUCCUGUUCCCCUUUGAAACUCGCCACCUCUUCCUUCAAUCUACCUCAUUUGGUUACGCCCGAUCAAUGGCACGCUGGAACGCGCAGUCUCAGGAGGAGCGCCGAAACGGCCGAGAUGAUCGGCCGUACUUGGGACGGCUGCAGCGCCAAAAGGUCAGGAUUUCUCGGUCUAAAAUUCUUGAAUCGGCAGUCAAGGUCAUGGAGUUGUACGGCGCUUCGCAAAGCAUCCUGGAGGUGGAAUAUUUUGAAGAGGUGGGAACCGGAUUAGGUCCCACACUUGAGUUUUACUCGACCGUUUCCAAGGAGUUCUCCAAGAGGAAGCUGAAGCUUUGGCGGGAUAACGAGCUCAAUGGGGAUGAUGAUUUUGUCUCUGGACCUACCGGGCUGUUCCCCCGGCCGCUGAGCGAUGAAUUUGCUAGCUCGGAAGAAGGAGAAAAGAUUCUGCAGCUCUUCAAGGUGCUGGGCAAGUUUGUCGCCCGAUCAAUGAUUGAUUCGCGCAUUAUUGAUAUCAACUUCAAUCCCCUGUUCUUCCGCGUGGGCGACUCGACUGCCACACGGCCUACGCUUGCGACCAUCAAAUCGGUAGACCCGGUCGUGGCCAGGUCGCUGAUGACGAUCAAGAAGUUUUCGCUGGCCAAGAAGGAGAUUGACGAAGAUCCAAACCGGAGUGCCGUUCAAAAGGUGGCGGACACGGAAAACAUCACGAUUGAUAACUUCAAGAUUGAUGACCUUUACCUCGAUUUCACCCUUCCCGGCUACCCUGAAGUCGAACUUGUUUCGAACGGAUCCCAGACGCGGCUCACCAUUGAGAAUGUGGAUCUUUACUUGGAAAAGGUGAUUGAUAUGACGUUGGGUAGUGGUGUCCGUCGCCAGAUCGAAGCUUUCCGCAGUGGAUUUUCCCAGGUGUUCCCCUAUUCGGCCCUGAGUUCUUUCACGCCUGAUGAGUUGUGCACCCUUUUCGGACGGGUAGAUGAGGAUUGGUCGCUGGAGACCCUCAACGACUCGAUCAAGGCGGAUCACGGAUACAACAUGGAUAGCAAGAGCGUUAGGAAUCUCUUGCAGAUCAUGAGUGAGCUCACGCUAGCAGAGCGCCGUGAUUUCCUUCAGUUCACAACCGGAAGCCCGAAGCUACCUAUUGGAGGCUUCAAGAGCUUGAACCCCAUGUUCACGGUUGUGUGCAAGCCCAGCGAGGCACCUUAUACCUCGGACGACUACCUGCCAAGCGUGAUGACGUGCGUCAACUACCUCAAACUUCCCGACUACUCGGACAUUGGCGUUUUGAAGAAGCAGCUCUUCACUGCCAUGAAGGAAGGACAAGGAGCAUUCCAUUUGUCGUAAAGGGGGGAAAACCAUGAGAGCAGGUGGACAUUCGCCUUUAGCUGGGAUGAGCAGUAGGUAUUUGGCCCGCUGCUAGUUUCACCUAACAUGUGCCUGUGAAAAUAUACGGUUUUGGGAAGUGUUUUACUCUCGUACCACUCCCCUCUGCUGUACCUGCCUUUGUUCUUUUUCAUUCAAUUAACGCGGGCCAGGGAAAGACAUAGCAUGAACGGUGUGCGGAUUACUGGUGGAAAUGUCAGAUUCUAUAGUUGAAGCCUCAAGUGUUUUUAUGCAGUACGUUCAUGCUUAUUAGUUUGCAUUCUGGACGGUGUGCAGGAAACAGGAAGACCUUGAUAGGAGGAUGAUUUGUUAUCUUGCUUUUUUUUUCUUUUUUUUUCUUUUUUUUUUUUUCCUUAUCAUGUCGUGUUCAGUUUCUUCACCAGAUAGACUCGAUCCAGGUGCCUUUCUUUAGAACAGGUGUUGAAGGGCAACAGAAGAAACAAGCAACUUGUGAGCGAAAUUCGGGGGGUGUUGUUUUCUGAGCGUUACAGCAGAUGAGGGCGAAAAUUGAUGAUGAGCGAUAAAACAAAAGCGCAACAAGGAAUGGAGAUGGAGCAAGGAUAAGAAUCAGAAGAGUGGUUGACGGCAGGACGCAGAGGGGUGGUGAUGGUGGUGAUGGGUGAGGAGAGGGCAACAAGACUCGCGGGGAG